AGCAACAAGCAUCCAUGGUUGAAGGCUACCUGAAAAUUUCCCAACUUGGGAAGUGCAAAUGCUCUGUUUUGAUCCAAAACUCACAACCACUCUCUCUCAGGCUCCCAUUCCAUUUCAGUAAACAUUUCCACUCACCUCUCUAUCAACCCUCCUUCAACUACGCAUCUCAUCAGCAGAGUUGAUCAUCAAAGGGUCAGCAUACAAAUUAACAAAAUCAGUACACAUAGUUCAUCACUAUUUUAGUAGUCAUAUCAGAUACUGUAGAUCUUCUUCACUUUCAACUACCCCUCAAUCCAGCUUUAGGUUUGGGUUAUAUAUGCAUUUGUUUCUGAAAACGUGGUAUUGGGAAGGUUGAUCUUCCGGGGGUUGUUGAGAUGGGCAGCUUUAAUGGGCCUAAUACUACCAAGGCCAUUGAUGCAUCAGUGGGUGGUUUAGUUUGGGUCCGCCGCCGUAAUGGGAUGUGGUGGCCUGGCCGGAUUAUGGGUCUUGAGGAGCUGUCUGAGAGUUGCUUGGUUUCCCCAAAAUCAGGUACUCCGAUGAAGCUUCUUGGUCGUGAGGAUGCAAGCAUUGACUGGUACAAUCUUGAAAGGUCUGAAAGAGUGAAGGCAUUUCGAUGUGGGGAGUAUGAUGAAUUUAUUGAGAAAGCCAAGGCUUCUGUGGCCAUUGCCAGUAAGAGAGCAGUAAAAUAUGCUCGAAGAGAAGAUGCAAUUCUUCAAGCACUUGAGCUCGAGAGUGCUCGUGUUGGCCAGGAUCAACUGGCCUUUAGUUCUAAAAUGGAUACUUUUGGCAGUGAGCAUGAUAUCUCUACCACACACUCCAAACUCAAGCCUAAUUCUGGUGAAGUAGAGUUGACUAAUAAUAUGAGUGAUUUUGAAGACAGACCUGAUUCAAUGCCAGAAUUAUCUCAGUCUGGUAUUUCUUUGGAUGAGAAUUUUAGUUCUUCAAUGGCUCGAUCUGGUCAGAGUAGGAGGAGAACUCCAAAUGACUCUGAGGAUGAUGGAACAGAGGGUGUAAAGCGAAUGAGAGGGCUUGAGGACCUUAGUAGAGGUGUAGUGUCAAAAAGAAAAGUUCACACUGGAUGCGUAGUUGAGCUGGUUCAAGAAGAUAGUGAUGUAAACUGUAAUUUAAAUACUCCCAAUUGCUUGCCUAAUGAACAUCCUCCAGAUGAUGGCAAAGUAAGGGCAUCCCUAUUUAAAAGAAAGAGGUCUCAAGUGUCUAAUGUUAAUGAAAUCUCGAAAAGGAAAAACCGACAGAGACCAUUAACAAAAGUUUUAGAAAGUACAGCGAUGUUAUCUGCUCCUGUUGUUUGCAAUGAACUUCCCAAUUCAUGUGCUUCACCUCUUGGGGGAUUGUCAGAUGGAAAGCUUUCUGAACUAGAAUCAAAUGAGUCAAAGAAGAGUUCCUCUGUGACACUGAACAAUAGCUCGGACUGUACCGUAAUUUCUUGUCUUUCACCAACAUUUUCCCUUGGGUGUGCCAUUGGUGUAUCGGAAAGACAAUCCAGUCAAGGUAGUCAAGCCGAACCCAUAUGUGUUAGCAAUGAACUAAAUAAUGAAUCUGGUUCUACUAGUUCUACUGUUGCUGAUCCAAAGCGCAAUAUCUGUAAAACAAUAGAGAAGGACAGUUCAAAGUGGCAGCUGAAGGGGAAGAGGAAUUCAAGACAUACGAAGAAAACUCGAACAAAUGACACAAGAAUUUUUUUACUUAUAGACGAUAAGCGUAAAACUUCCGAGGCAAGUACGGAGGAUCUGGAUGGAUUUAAUCUGGGAUAUGAUCAGAAAGUUUCCAGUAGCAUUGAGGAACCUCCUCUCUCAAACAAUAACUCUAAAUCAGCGCCUGAAAAACUUAUUGUGGAUGGAUCAAAUGAGUUGGAUUCUAUUAAGUGUACAUCUCAAGACCAACUCAAUACUAUCAGCGAAAAAACAACUAAGAUGAAGCAGUUGCCUGAUUACACUUGGGCCACUCCAAGGUUGCUCCCUUUUCGCCAAUCCCGCCUUAUGGAUCCUUCAAAAUACCAGAGGUCAGAAUUUUCUUUUACAAAAUUUGGCUGUAAUUCUUCACUAUAUGAUGUUGAGCUUCUGGUAAAAGCCAGCUAUAAGCCACAACAUGUUCCACUGGUUUCGUUAAUGAGCAAAUUAAAUUGUAAGGCUGUUGUUGGUCAUCCGCUCACUGUUGAGGCCUUGGAUGAUGGUCACUGUGAUGAUCUGUUGAGCAGAACUGAACUUGAUCCUCAAAAGAUUGUGGAAAGUUCUCAUUCGGUACAAUCAAAUUCUUGGAAAGGGAAAAUGUUAGGCAAGCCACGUGGCCGUGCAGUUCAACUGCGCCCUUCACAAGGGAAAGCAUCAAAGGCAAAGAAAUCUGGACAGCUAUCAAAAAAGACACGGAAACUAUCUUCACUGACUGUUCAGAAGCAGUUCGUAGAUGAUAGUAGACCAGUUGUAGAGAAGUCCAAGGGUUCUUUUAUAGCAUGUAUCCCCCUUAAAGUAGUAUUCAGUAGGAUAAACAAAGCCGUGAACGGGUUGGCACGACCAACCCAUCGCCAUUUAAUGUGUGUGAGCCAAUAAAUAGUUUUGUUUUGCUGAAUUUGCUUGGUUCUCCUUCCAUUGCAGAGACUGCUUCUUGUUUAACCCAUCUCAGUUUUGUUUAACCCAACUCAGUUUGAGGCUUCUCAUUUCCAUACUAUAGAAAGAAAAGUGGCUAGGAGAAUGUUUUUGGCUUUGUAUAUACUCUAUGGUUCACCUGAGGUAUAAACAUGCCAUUGGCCUUAUCAUAGAUGAUGCUUAAUGUUAAGGUGUUUUAAUAAUUUGGGUUCCAUUUGAUGACA